UCAGGUGGUGUCCAAAGUACGGAAGUAGCUGGGACCACAAAAAAAGAAAAUAAAAAUAGGGACACGUUUAUGUUUUAUUUACAGGUUCGGUUUGAGGUAUUCAUCGGUAGAGGUGCUCUCCAAGAUGAUGCAAGCUUUGAAAGGCGUCAGACACAUAUCAUCCACUGCAAUGAAGCAAGCAGUUUCAGAGCUCUCUGUUAAGGUCCCAUGGGGAGAGAUCAGAGGUAAAGUCUGGGGUCCUGAACACGGCCAUCCUGUGCUCUGCCUGCAUGGCUGGGCUGACAACUGUGGGACAUUCAACACCCUUAUUCCUCUUCUACCUAAAGAUUACCAGUAUGUGGCUGUGGACCUGCCAGGUCAUGGUCGCUCCUCACAUCGUCCUCCUGGAGUUCCUUACACGUUUCCUUUAUACGUGAUGGAUGUAUGCAGAGUUGUUGAUGCUCUGCAGUGGAGCAAAUUCUCCAUCAUAGGCCACAGCAUGGGGGGAAACAUUGCUGGAAUAUUUGGUGCUCUUUAUCCCGAGAUGGUGGAUGCCAUCGUUCUGCUGGACUCCUUCGGAUUUUUACCUUCAAGCAUGAAGGAAAUGUCCACAGUGAUCAGACAAGGGUUUGAUGAAUUGAUUCAGUUUGAAAAGAAGGAACAGAAGACAAUAGUUUACACUUACGAGAAGGCAUUAGAAAGGCUGUUGGAUGCAAAUCAGACUCUAUCUGAAGAGUCUGCAAAAAUCCUUCUCGAGCGAGGUGUCAUUGAGGUUGAAGGAGGAGUGAUUUUCUCCCGAGACCUGCGCAUUAAACUUAAAAACAUAGGACGCAUCAGUUUGGAGCAGAGUCUAGAUAUGCAGUCAAGGAUAAAAGCCUCUGUUCUUGUCCUUCUAGCAGACGAUGGCUUAGAGAAAAUGUUUGACCAGCCGGAGUUAAAUAACUAUAAAUCUGCAAUUUUUCAGGCCUACAGGGACAGAAAUCACACCUUGGUGAAAGUUCAAGGCAGUCAUCACGUCCAUCUGAAUAAUCCCGAAGCCGUUGCUCCACUUGUGUCGGACUUCCUCCAGACCAAAGUGCUCUCACACUCAAGCACACUGACGAAUAAUCUGACUACUAAACUAUAGUCAACCCACAGGCAUCACUCAUUCCUCGAGUCGUAUCACCCUAAUGGUUUAACAAGUCAUUAUAUUAGUCUUGGUUUUUAUACUGUAAUGAUUAAUCUCACCUUGGUACUAGGUAACUCCUGAGUCUGUUGUGGCCCAAAAAACCAUGCAAAUUCUACACUUCUAAGUUAAACAUGACAGUUUCACAAGUCCAGAAACAAUAACAGCCCUUUGUAUGUACAUUAUCUCCUCAGCUGUACUGUUAGCUUGGUGUUUUAAUAUAACAUUUAGGCUGUUUGGAUAAUAGAAUCUUCUUUGUUUACCUCUCUGUUUAUCCGGAUAGAGACCGUUUGACUGAUCUCACUGAGUUUUUAUUGCUUGAUAAGAAAAUUAAUUAAUUGUGUUAAAAGGCAUCCAUAUAUGAGGUGAGUUCAAAUGAUUUUUAUUCAGUUUUAUUCUUAAACCAGAAGAGUCUGCAGUGCUCAGUCAAACUUUAUGUAACACUUUUCAUACAUAAAAGAUGCAACACAAAGUCCUUUACAUUAAAAAAAAAAAAAAAAAAAAGAGCAUUGCACUACGAUAAAGAAAGAGUUCUUAAAAAGUGCCGAAUUUCAAACAUAGGAACCUGUAGAACAACCAUCAGGAUCAGUUACAUGACCUCGUACCCACCUCAUGCCUGGUACACACACAUAUACUAACAUAUUUGUUGUUUUCAGUAACGUAAUGGUUUAAACCUGUGGCGGAAAUUUUAUAUUUGCUCAUUAUAUUACUUAUCAUAUUCAAAUGGUUUCACAUUAUAUUAUAUGGUGAUUUGUCUCUCAACAUUUGUUCUGAAACAAAUGUACAGAUACAGCAGAUAAAAUAAGUUAGAACACAUCACAAUUUUUCAUAGUAAACAUAUUUCUAAAGGUGCUAUUGACAUGAAAUUUUCACCAGGUGUUGGUAACAACCCAAGUAAUCCAUACAUAGAAAGAAACUAAAACAAAUAAGU